GUAUUUUUAUCCAUAGAAGUUUUCCCUUUUCUGUAGAGGUCACGGUGAGCAAUAGUUUGUGUUUACGUGAAUCAGUGAGAAAUAUUAAUUUCAGUUAUUGCUUCUGAAAUGGUUAAAAUCAUGAUAAUUUGUAGUUUAGUUGUAGGCUUCUUUUACAAACAAUGACGUCAUGUCCAGGUCAGGGCUUAUGAGUCCAUGUAAUAGCUUCGUUUGAGUCAAACCUAAAGCUAAGUUUAUACGAUGUUUUGCAGGAGAGCCCUGGUGGGUUUUCCAAAUGCGAAAUUGUUCUUCUGUGAUAGGUUUAAACACCGCUUUCUAAGAUCACUAAAAUUCCCCAAACACACUAUUCAAUUCCACAAUGGUUGUUACACCAGAACCACAAGAACACUCCACACCAGUGCCCCGUUACUGGGGGCCAAGUUACUGUCCGUGGAUGAGCUUUUCGCACGGAAGUCUCUGCAGGAGCACCUGAAGAAAAUACAGUCGGAGUACAACCAGUGUUUACAGGCUGUCAACCACGGUGGCGCUGAGGAGCAGUGCAGAGAGGAGGAAAUGAGGACCAGGAGGAGCAAGUUGUCCCAGAUGGUCCCACUCAUCCAGAACAUUAUGGAGCUGGACACCAAAUAUAAAGAGAUGGCUGAGAAUGAGGCGCUGCUUAAAGACCCUGCCCUGAAGGAACUGGCUGAGCUGGAAAAAGAAGAGUGUUUACAACAUAUACAAGAUCUGAGAGAGAAGAUCUUGGAUCAGUUGGUCCCUGAAGAGGAGGCUGAUUUGAGUGACCUGGUUCUGGAGGUCACAGCUGGUGUUGGUGGUCAGGAGGCCAUGCUCUUCACUGCCGAGGUGUUUGACAUGUACCAGGGUUUUGCUCAGCAUCAUGGCUGGACUUUUGAAAUCCUGGAGAAUGCACCCAGUGAGAUAGGUGGCUUACGACACGCCUCAGUCAGUAUCAGUGGCUCAGAAAGCUACAAGAGAAUGAAGUUUGAAGCCGGAGUUCAUCGAGUGCAGAGGGUUCCCAAGACUGAAAAACAAGGCAGAAUGCACACCAGCACCAUGACUGUGGCUGUACUCCCCCAACCCACUGAGAUCUCACUCACCAUUAACCCUAAGGACCUGAAAAUAGAGACAAAAAGGGCCAGUGGAGCUGGAGGACAGCAUGUCAACACCACGGACAGUGCAGUCAGGAUCGUCCAUCUGCCCACAGGUGUGGUGGCAGAGUGCCAGAAGGAAAGGUCUCAGCUGAAAAACAAGGAGAAUGCCAUGAAGGCUCUCAGAGCCAAACUGUACGCCAUAAAGUUAGAAGAGGUGACGAGCAAACGCUACAAUCAGCGUAAAAUACAGAUCGGCACCAGGGGGAGGUCCGAGAAGAUCCGCACUUACAAUUUCACCCAGGACCGUAUCACAGACCACCGGAUCGGUAUGACGGUGCAUGAUAUCAAGAGCUUCAUGAUUGGCCAAGAUCUGCUGGAAGAGAUGAACUCCUCACUGCAGGAGUUCUCCAAUCAGGAGGCGCUCAUGGAGGUGCUGGGUGAAAAUGAACGUGAAGGAUUGUGAGUUUCUUUCCAGAGAAGAAGAAAAGGAAGUUUGUGUGAAGGCUCUGUGAGCCAAACUGAGGAGAGAAAUUCUGAAAUUCUUUUGGUUCUUCUUCUUCUGGUUUCGAGGACUUCAAAGACGACAUAAGUGCACCUGCUACAGAUUUGUGCAGCCCAAAAGCUGCAUAAAGUUCAAACAAAUGAUGCUAACAGUGACUAUUAAAAAAA